AUGCUUUCUAUUUCCCCUAUUAUUGAAAAACCCCGUCGUAUCUUGCAGCAUGAUAAGUUCUACACAGAUCAUAAGCUCAACAUGAUGAGCUAUUUGCUCAAUAUUACGAGGACCUUCGCUGUUGACUACGUGUCAUCGCCGGAGCUGUCUUUCCUGAGACGAGUAGCUCCACGGUUGAAUGACUCCAACACGCAGGCUGUCUUUCGUUUCCUUGAAUCAGGCGAGCUGGAGCCAUCGACAGGGCUAGCCUACGGGUCCUUGUUGAACAAUUUGACCUUUAUCAGCACGUUUGCAUCCGGAAUUAUGGUGCCCAAGAAUUACAUUUGGCCUGUGAAUGAAGAUCUUGAACUGGCAUCUGCUAGCACAUCUGUUGUGCAGGAUUUUUGCAAGGCUGGCUUGGAAGUCUUUGCAGCAGGCUUUGCAAACGACUUUAACUUCGCCUAUGACUACAGUUUUGAUCCAUUGAAGGAAUAUCUGAAUUUCGUGGACAAUGGUAAUUUCUCAGUCGACGGCGUGCUGACGGACUCCCCGCUCACUGCAUCUGCGGCGAUAGGUAUGCUGUUCGAUUACCUGUUUCGUCUCCCCUGUUAAACCUAUGCCUCUCAAAAGAUUGCUGACAAGUUAUGAAACCCAAUCGAGGUCAGUUCCAUGAUCGGCCUGAGCCAAUCAGGGUUAGGGUGUCAAUCCCAUCUGGAAACCAGCGGGGAACUCACCCGAACUUUGGAAACAAGAUAAGCCUUUUCUGUCCUUCAUUUUCUAAGAUGUUAUUUGAAUCGAUUCGGAGAUCAGGCAGACCCGAUUGGAUUCUGUCGUCCGUUUUCUGAUCAUAUUUGGGCAAUUCAUGAAUCAAUACGAAUAUGAUAAUCCUUAAAAUAAAAUAAAAACAGAGAUGAGGCUGUAGAACUUUUAAAUUCUAAGAUUUAGUUCAGAGACACCAAUCCGAAUUUCAUUCUUCCUUCAUUUGAGCCUGAUCACUGUUAUCUUAGCCUUACAUAGAAUUCUUACCUUUUCCUAAUUCUUAUGUUGACUGGCAUUUCUCCAUGCUUCUGCAGGUUGCCUGUCUCACAUUAACAACUCCGUGCCUCCUUCUGGUACCACUACCAUUCUAGUCAUUUGUCAUCAUACUUGUCUUCGGAAUCUGAAAGGAUUCAUAGCAUGAACAACGAGCCUCCGGCUGUUCUAAACUCCAUUUCUGCUUCAGUAAAACCCGUCGUGAUUUCCUACGGUGGAGCUGGCGGAAUGUUCCCGUCCUGCACUGAUUUGGCAUACAAGCAGGCUGUGGAAGAUGGUCUGCAUGCCUGAUAUAGAUCUCUUCUCGAGCACCACAAUCUCAAAUUCUUCCGUCAGUACCCGUAUUUCUACAAUCCCGGCGAUCAAGAGUAUUUCCAGGGGCAUACACCUUCAACUUUACGUGGGAAGAGAUUCAGACAAAUCUAAAGCGUAAGUCAACCUCCUCAUGCUACCAAUGAGCGGAUUAAGUAAGACACUUCGGUGCCAAAUUCCUCUCUUGAAGCUGGAGUACCAGCAUCGUUUCUUGAAUUCUCUGAAGCGCGGAUAUUUACUUACGGAUGCUUGUCCCUCCUCGUUGCAGCUGAAAUAUCAAUGCCGUAUUUUGGCCUGUAUGGACUGCGGCGGAACCCUUCGAAGAGCAACGCAGGAGCCUUCCUGAACCUCACCGAGUGCUUGGCCCUCGCUAAGGAAAACCCCCCUCGUUCUGGAGUCUUGAUCAACAUAGAGGUAGCUGCCUUUUACCCUGCAUUUUAUGUCAUGUCACAAAGACGCAGGAGCCAUGUAGAACUCGCGCCUUUACCAGACUACUGCUAAAAGUCAACUCCCUACUGCUUUUUAACAGCAGCAGUGUUUCUGGCAUUAAAGUCUACUCUCACUUCUUGUGAGACUGUGUCCUUAUUUUGGCGAGGGUUCCUGGAUAUUUCAUGUAAAAAUAGAGAUCACCGCGUCAGUUUAGAACCCAUAAAAAUGAGGAACUAUAUUCAUGUUACAUUCACGUCCAGCUCAGAUUUUGGAAAUGGGUUUCGUCAUCACAUCGGGGUCAUACAGCCCCGAGAACUUGAUCCUUAUUCCCACGUUUUUAUGUUCCUGUUCUUCACCAUCCAGCUGGUCCUGCAGCACGCUCCUUUUCUGCUGGAGAACCUUGGCUUCGGCGUGAUCGAAGAGGUGCUGAAAGCGUUGAACGCGUCGGACCUGAAGCAGGAGGUUAUCAUCCAGUCGACGAACAGCUCUGCUCUGAGGAAGGUGCAGCAGCUGAACUCCUCCUACAAGCUCAUGUACAAGAUCGAGGAGCUCAUUCGCGAUGUCGAGGCGUCGGCCGUCAAGGAGAUCGCGGAGUUCGCCUCCUUCGUGGCCGUAUCGAAGGUGUCGAUAUGCCUGGACAACAUAAAGUACCUGUUGAACAAAACCAGGGUCGUGGAGAAGUUCAACGCCGAGAAGCUCCCGGUCUUCACCUACCUGUUCCAGAACGAGUUCGUGUCGGUGUCGUGGGACGUGUACAACGACCCGAUCGCGGACAUCAACCUAUUCAUCAAGGGGGCGGGCGUGGAGGGCCUGAUCACCGAGUUUCCGGCGACGGUGGAGGCCUUCAGAAGUAAGGGUUCUUUUGUUCUCGAUCUUCACCUGCUGCGCCACCCGUGGGAAGAACAGUAGGCGAUUCUCACUCCUUGAGGGAUUUGACAUUCUUGCAGGAAGCCCUUGUUCGGGGGGCAACAGCACUCCGCCUUACUGGACGCCCGUCACGCCAACCGAAUUGGUGAAUAUGUCCAGACUGCCGGCACUGCCGCCGCCGCCGUCCCUGGCGGACGGCGACAUUGUCGAGCCGCCGCUGCCUUCGAUGCCGAUCCCCCUCUCCUCCGUACUUCCUGCGCUGGCCCCGGUAGGACCACCGGCGGCCCUCGCAGCCGCCGCCGUUCUUCUCCUGGGGACAACCUUGGUAUCUCUCUUGCUCAUCUAA